AAGCCGCGGGAGCAGCUGUUGUUAAUCUUGCAGUCAGCAGGGUGGUGAUAGACACACGCAGCACUGGGCUCAAAGGACUUUACAAACAACGGUGUUGACUUCGGCUCUUUUAUUUCGCCUGCUUUCUCGACGAACAAGUAUUUUCUUUGUGCUGUCACUGCUACGGCAGUCACAAUGCCGCUUAAUUCAAACAUGGCCAGCAAAAACUAUGACUACGACUAUGACUCGGUCCAGCCCUACUUCUACUUCGACAUUGAGGAGGAUAACUUCUAUCACCGACAACACAGCCAACUCCAACCCCCUGCUCCAAGCGAGGAUAUAUGGAAGAAAUUCGAGCUGCUGCCGACACCACCGCUUUCUCCCAGCCGGCGACCUUCUCUAUCCAGCCUCUUCCCUUCGACUGCAGACCAGCUGGAGAUGGUCACGGAAUUUCUCGGGGAUGACGUGGUGAACCAUAGUAUUAUUUGUGACGCGGACUACUCCCAGUCUUUUCUCAAGUCUAUCAUUAUCCGGGACUGUAUGUGGAGCAGUUUUUCGGCUGCUGCUAAACUGGAGAAAGUAGUGUCCGAGAGACUAGCGACGCUGCAAGCGAGGAGGGACUCGAGCGUGGCCGGGGAAGCUAGCGCAGUAACCAGCACGAAUCCGAACUUGAAUUACCUGCAAGAGCUGAACAACUCCGCAUCGGAAUGCAUUGACCCUUCUGUUGUGUUGUUCCCAUAUCCGGUUGCCGAGAACCCUAAACACACAAAAACGACUACAGCGUGUGCCAUGGCAUUGCCUUUGGAUACCCCACCGAACAGUGGUAGCAGCAGCGAUAGCGAUUCAGAAGAGGAAGAGGAGGAGGAAGAGAUUGACGUGGUGACAGUGGAAAAGAGAAAGUCUGUAAGGAGGUCAGACUUGCACAUGUCUAGUAGCCCACACCUCUGCCCCCUUGUCCUGAAACGGUGUCACGUCAACAUCCACCAACACAACUACGCCGCUCACCCGUCGACAAGGAGCGAGCAGCCCAUCAAGAGGAUUAAGUUUGAGAGCAGUGGGAGAGUACUCAAGCAAAUCAGCAACAAGUGCUCGAGUCCCAGAACGUCAGACUCUGAGGAUAAUGACAAACGCAGGACUCACAAUGUGCUGGAGAGACAAAGGCGAAACGAGCUCAAGUUGAGCUUUUUCGCACUACGGGACGAGAUCCCGGACGUAGCGAACAAUGAGAAGGCAGCCAAGGUGGUCAUACUCAAAAAGGCAACAGAGUGCAUUUUCAGUAUGCAAACGGACGAGCAGAAACUGUUAUUGUUGAAAGAGCAGUUGAGGAAAAAGAGUGAACAGUUGAAAAGCAGACUAGAGCAGCUGAGGAACUCUCAGCAAGUUUAAUUUAUGAAAGGAUGUUUUUAUGCCUGAAGUCUUCUUGUGUAGAGUGGUGGUGCAUGCAAAUGCAAAAAUGACUUGUUAUCACCGCUAUCGGCCAGACACCUGGGCUGGAAUCAGAAUUAUUUUCUUUCACUGCCUCACUUGAACUUUAUAGGGGAUAUCAAUUUCUUAUUUAAGUAUUUUAUUUUAUUAUUUUAUUGAUGAAAGGUUCUGCACAGUUGUCUACCUUAACUUAAUGCUUUUGUAUGUUUUGUACAUAAUUCUCAAAUGUAUUGAUCUCACAAAUACAUUUUUAUAAAUCAUG